UCCUGCAGGGCAGGCGCACGGUGGACACCUGCGACACCCGGGCUGUCAGGUGAGCAGCAGGGUCUGCGGCGCAGCUGGGCCCGGGGGUCCAAGCCCGGUUUCAGGCUCUUCCUUGUCCUCCGACACAGAGGGAUGGAUGCGUGAAGCCCACCGGGCUGUGGCACUGCCCAGCCGUCGUCAUCUCCCUAAGAACCCUGGUGGCUGUAGGAUGCACCUCUCUGCGGUGCUCAAUGCCCUCCUGGUGUCCGUUCUGGCUGCCGUUCUGUGGAAGCAUGUGCGCCUGCGCGAGCAUGCAGCCGCCCUAGAGGAAGAGCUGGCCCUCGGGCAGCAGUCCCUGGACCCGGUCUCGGGACUGAGGGUUGACUACCCAAAGGCCCUGCAGAUCCUCACGGAGGGUGGCACCCAGAUGGUGUGCACUGGCCGCACCCACACGGAUCGCAUCUGUCGCUUCAAGUGGCUCUGCUACUCCAAUGACAUCGAAGAGUUCAUCUUUUUCCAUGGCAACUCAUCCAUGAUGCUGCCCAAUCUGGGCGCCCGGCGCUUCCAGCCCGCGCUGUUGGACCUGUCCACCGUGGAGGACCAUAACGCCCAGUACUUCAACUUUGUGGAGCUGCCUGCGGGAGCCCUGCGCUUCUUGCCAAAGCCAGUGUUUGUGCCCGAUGUGGCCCUCAUCACCAACCGCUUCAACCCCGAUAACCUCAUGCAUGUCUUCCAUGACGACCUGCUCCCCCUCUUCUACACGCUGAGGCAGUUCCCAGGUCUGGCCCAAGAAGCCCGGCUCUUCUUCAUGGAGGGCUGGGGUGAGGGCGCCCACUUUGACCUUUACAAACUCCUUAGCCCCAAGCAGCCGCUGCUACGCUCGCAGCUCAAGACGCUGGGCCGUUUGCUCUGCUUUUCCCACGCUUUUGUGGGCCUGUCCAAGGUCACCACCUGGUACCAGUAUGGCUUUGUCCAGCCCCAAGGCCCAAAGGCCAACAUCCUCGUCUCUGGCCACGAGAUCCGGCAGUUCACGCGGUUCAUGAUCGAAAAGCUGAACGUGAGCCACACAGGGGCGCCGCUGGGCGAGGAAUAUAUUCUGGUCUUCAGUCGCACCCAGAACAGACUCAUCCUGAACGAGGCGGAGCUGUUGCUGGAGCUAGCGCAAGAGUUCCAGAUGAAGACGGUGACGGUGUCGCUGGAGGACCACAGCUUUGCAGACGUGGUGCGGCUGGUCAGCAACGCUUCCAUGCUAGUCAGCAUGCACGGUGCCCAGCUGGUCACAGCCCUCUUCCUGCCCCGUGGGUCCACCGUGGUUGAGCUCUUCCCCUACGCUGUCAACCCUGACCACUACACCCCAUACAAGACGCUGGCCACCCUGCCUGGCAUGGACCUGCAGUACGUAGCCUGGAGAAACAUGGUACGGGAGAAUACAGUCACGCACCCCGAGCGGCCCUGGGACCAAGGGGGCAUCACCCACCUGGACCGGGCUGAGCAGGCCCGCAUCCUCCAGAGCCGAGAGGUCCCCCGGCAUCUCUGUUGCCGGAACCCAGAGUGGCUCUUCCGAAUCUACCAGGACACCAGAGUGGACAUCCCGUCCCUCAUGCAAUCCAUUCAGCGUGUAGUGAAGGGCCGGCCGGGACCGCGGAGGCAGAAGUGGGCAUUCAGCCUGUACCCAGGCAAGGUGCAGGAGGCUCGAUGCCAGGCGUCUGUGCAGGGCGCCACCGAGGCCCACCUGUCUGUGUCCUGGCAGAUGCCGUGGAACCUCAGAUUCCUUAAAGUGAAGGAGGUGAGGUAUGAGGUGUGGCUGCAGGAGCAAGGUGAGAACACGUACACGCCGUACAUGCUGACCCUGCAGAACCACACCUUCACGGAGAACAUCAGACCUUUUACCACCUACCUGGUGUGGGUCCGCUGCAUCUUCAACAGGAGCCUCCUGGGACCUUUCGCAGAUGUCCUGGUGUGCAACACGUAGCUAUUAGGCCGCGGCUCUCCCAGGUCCACAGCCCUGCUGGCAACUGUGGUGAUGACUUACCUAUUUAUUGAGUGGGCCUGGGCUAGGCCUUCUCCCAGGGGCUUCUCACUGCUGCGGGUGUGCCCUAAAGAGGUGGUGCCCUCCCCUUCUGCCACUCUGAGGGGAAAUUCCUUUGUGGUGAGGAGGAAGCACCCGUAGGUCCCAGGGAUCAGCUCUUGCUAAUUGAUCCGCUGUCUCCUGCCGUGGCCAUGGUACGGGUCCUGGCUUCUAGAAAUGGUGGUCGUGUGGUUGGUGGGCUAGGCAGAUGGUCUCUGUGAAUUUCAUCUGUAGCUGAGUGACAGGUGUGUUUGGAGCAGUCAUUAAAUGAUGAACAUCUA